CCAUGCUACCCUUAGAUUUCAUCAGGAAAUGCAAAGUUUAUAGGGUAGCUGAUCAAGCCCAAGAUAAUGGCAGAUACCUCCAGUCGUCCUAUGACAAAGAAGACAAAGCAGUGAAGAUAGAUUGGAAUGAGCCUGAGGUUUUAGACUUGAGAGCUUUGAUGGCUCCUGUUUUAUCAUGUACUCGCAGAUGGGUGGAUGUACAGCAUCAGAAGUUGAGGGAGCAAAAUGUAUCAAUGACUUUUACUUUGGAGGCAAGACCAGAAGAAGGAGAAGCAAGCGUAAGUGAGAACACUUCUCAUCCUAGAGGUGCAAAGAGGAAAGAAAGACCUGAGAAAAGGGAACCUUCCAAGAAGAAGCAAGAAGCCAAUUGUGAUCAUCCAUCAAGCACAUCUUCUCGACAUGAAAAGAAGGCAAGCCAAGGGGAAGGUGGUACCUGAAGUUGAUGAAUCUAUGGAAUCCAUAGUGCAAAAUGACAAGCCAGAGAAGGGACAGACGCCUCAACAUUCAUCAAGUCAAUCUCCCCAAGUUGAUGCUAAUGAGCUACAUGAAGAGAAGAAUGAUGAUGAAGUGACAUCUCCUCUCCGAGAGGAUGAACCACUGCCUAAAGAGAUACAAGUAAGAGAAACAAGAUCCGCCAUCCCGGAUUGGUUAAAAGAGAGACUGACAAGGGUGGUUGUGGUUGAAGAAGAAGAAGAUGUAUUUGAUUUAAAAAGCCUUAUAGGAAAUUCUCAAGAGGUAAUGGAAAAGAAGGCCACAAAGAUGUCCAAGGUAAUAAGGGAUGAGACAGGAUCCGGGAAAUUGCAAAUAGCUACACCAGUAGUGGACAAGUAUGAAGGUGAGAUUCUUGCAGAUGAGUAUGACUUAGAAACAUUUGAGCUUGGUCCACUCACUACUGAACAAGCGAUGGAAGAAGCAACCGAUUAAUUUGAAGCACUUAAAGACAAACUUAAGGAAGAAAUGGAAAAGAAUAGGAAGCUUGAGAGAGAGGUUGGUGCUUGGAGAGGCUAUUUUAGUCAUCUCAAUCAGCCCUUGAGACAUCAGGAUCCAACAGUAUCUCCUUUACAAGCACUUCCUCUUGAAUCAGUUGGCGAAGCAGAAAGGGUCAAGAGCUUGGUUCAGCUUAUGAGCUCUUGGAUUGAUAAAUCCCACAUGGUAGCUGUUGAAUUUGCAACAAGAAUGAUGAAGACAAUUCAUCGAGCUAUCCAGGUCCUUGAGAUUGUCCAUAAUCUCAUGAUAACUGUAGCCGCUUUCACUCACACUAAAGAUGUUAUCAUUCCUAUCCUGCAAGUAAUAAGGCAAACACCAAGACGGAUCCUGGCACAAGAAAAGAUAAUGGAUGGAGGAACUCAUACCUCCUACAGUGGUCAGCUCUGCUCCAGAUGAAAGAGGUUCUUUUUGAAGACAUCAACACCAAAUGCAGUCAAGUUGAAGGUGUCAUCCAUCCAAUUCAAGAUAAGAUGUUUGAAGUGUUGUGUACCAUUCUUGGCAGGCGGAUUGAGAUUGAGACAGAUGUGGACAUCCAAGAGUUGGAGGAGAGAGUCAAGGUCAUCUUUUUUAAAGAGGAGAACAUCAUCACAGAUGAGCAACGAGAUCUGAUGUUCACUACCAUGUUCCUGAUUGAGAAGAUCAACGAGCUUGAACCUGGAUGGGAGACAGCUCUUCUCACUGCUUUUGAUCAGGUCAUUCACUUGGAAGAAUGAAUGAAGAAUCUUCCUAAGAUUCCCAUUGCUGAGAUUGAGGGAAUUGUGUCCAGAUUCGUUGGAUAUGCUAAAAAGGAGCAUAGGAAAGGGAACAAAAUUCUAGAUGAAAAGUUGUUAUAGGAUGAUGUGGCAACUUAUUUCCUAUUGGUCUAUGUUUCCUCGAUAUUUGUGCCAAUUAAAUAUUUGGCUAUGCAUUUAAUAAUGUUCAUCUAAAUGGGGACCUUUUUUGUAACAAACCCUAAUUAGGGUUUAGGUGUCAAAAUCUCAGCCGUUGAUCUUCUUUUGAUAUGGGCCAUUCAUUGUAUUUGAGGAUGCUAUAUAUACCCUCACUCAUUUUCAUUUUGAUAAUAGUUAGAAGUUAGAGAAGAGAGAGAGCUUAGAGAAGAAAGUUAUUGUGUAGCAAGAUUGGGUAGUGAAGAAAGAAUUUGGAACAAUUGUUGUCUAUUUGGCUUUGAGAUCAAUAAAAUAUUGAAGUUAUGGUGGUUUAUUGCAAUACUUGUGGCUAUCUUCAUGAUUGUUUAUCUUCUUGAAUCAUUCUCAGUCGAAGUAGUAUUUAAGUUUAAGUUCAAAGGAUUAAGUGUUGUGCUUGAUCUUUGGUGAGAUUCACGUUCCAAACCACUAGCUUCUUACUGAUUGUAAGGACGACUUGUGUGGUCAACUGGAGAUAGUGAGAUUGCUUAAUCAUUCAAUCAUUGUUGAAAUAUUGAUAUGUAUCUUUAUGAUAGUAUCUAUGUCCUUGAUGAUUUGAAAAUCACUAAAUCACCUUAGAAGAUAGCAUCAAUUCCAGUAGAGUUGUAAUUCCUUGGCAAUACUGAAAUUGGUAGAAUCUUACCAAGUCCAGCUUACAUUGAGUCAUUCUUAGGAUUAGAUUAGCAUUCAUCUCUUGAAACCCUUAUCUUUUGCUAUUUUUGAUAAUCUGUUAGUAUUAGGAAAAUCCUGUUCCUGCAGUCAAACGAGAGUAACAUGGACAAGCUUUCUCAGAAAGUGCGUAAGACCCCUUGAAGAAACAGCAUUUACAACGACCACUGGUGCUUAUCCACACGUAGAGAUCCUACAACGAAGAACCUUGAAGUCACCCUGAUUGAUCCUUUUCGCGAUAUCUUUAGCAUUCAGAGGCUUUAAUCAAGAGAGGAUAAGGUACCAUUUGGGUAUUUUAUUCUGUGUUUGGUUGUGUACAAAAUACAUGUCAACACCUACCAACUAGAAAGGAAACAAAGGUUGAAAUUCGUGGGAUUGAUCAAGGAUUGAUGAAAUGUCGCAGAAUGCUAGUGCAUUGCAUAGAUGUUGGCAUGCCGCGUUAGUUUCCAUACAUUUACAACUAGGCAUAUUUACUGCUAUAUAUGAUAAAUCAUAUACAUGAAUUAAUAAUAAAGAUGACAAUGCAUACCAAAUACAAUAGUAAAAUGUCUUUAUUCGCACAUGAAUUUAUUACAGAAGAAGACCAGAGAUGAUCAGCCAGGGAUUGGAGUUGAUCUAACCAGAUCAUACUACUUUCCUUGACAAUACACAAUAUAUUUAAAGGACCCAACGGUUGCCAAGAGGAACACAACAGUCAACCAAUUGACACUUACAAUUACCUGAUGCCGACAAACACUUAAUACGAACAAUUUAUACAUAGUCUAAUAACCAAUAUUAUCGAACAAUAGACAUUGUACGUUGACUACAUUACCCCAAAAGAAAACAGUCACCUUCUAUACGACAAGUAAACGUCAAGUAACAUGAGGGAAGACUGAUAUCAAUAGUGGCGACAAUGACUUGUACUUUGCAAACUCAAACUUGGAUUGUGCUUGGAAAAUAAAAUGAGUGUGAUGGGGGUCUAGGGGCAACAUCCCAAUGAGGUCAAGGGGCACCACCCCUCAUGGGGUCUGAGGACUACACAAACCAAAUUAAGACCUUUAGAACCACACAGAACUCCAUGGCACACAUCCUUUUCAUUAUUUUUUAAGAGGCCAAAAAUAAUGCUGACAUAGCCAAAAAAUAGAGAUUUUGGAGUGUUAAGCCAAUAUACGGUGUCAACUAGGGAAGGAAGCUGUAUGAUGGUUGAUAGCGUUUGAUGGAUUGUAUGUUCUUGACCAUAGUUUUAAAACUUGGCGAGUCGCCACGGACUCGCGAGUCCUUUGGCGCCGCGAGUCGACUCGCCUAGGACUCGCGAGUCUUUCGCAAAGACUCGCGCGAGUCUUUUGCUCGGACUCGCGAGUCUUUCGCAGGGACUCGUGGACCCAGAAAAGACGCCCGUGAAGGGUUAAAAGUGACCUUUUUUUUGUUUUUCACUUCAUUUUUAUUUUUGUUUGGUUUUAGCAGGUUUGUAGGGUUUGAAGGAGUAGAGGGAAGAAGAAAAAAUCAGCAAGAGAGAUCUAGCAAUGGCAAGUUCAACUCCAAGGGCAACCCCAAGGUCAGGAAGACAAAGAGAUAAAGCAUGGAAAUAUGGGAUUGCAGGAAGCAAAAAGGGGGAGGUCACUUGCACCGAAUGCACAAAAUGGAUGACUGGUGGAAUCAAUAGAUUAAAAUACCACCUUGCACAAAUACCUGGAUAUGGUGUGGAGGCAUGCCCCAAAUCAACUCUUGAAAUUAUUAGGGAGAUGAAGGCCAUUCUUGUUGAGAAUGAUAUGCAUAAGGAAGAAAGGCAAAAAACAAGAGAAGCCAUGGCAGCUGCAAUGAAUCCCACAUUGUCCACUUCGGGUCCCAUAGGUCACACUCGGGGUCGUCAAUCACUUUCAUCUUUUGGUGACAAUGAGGGUGAGGCUAGUGGCACUCCUGUUAGAUUAGACCCUAAUUUUUUUGUACCACGCAAUGUUCCAGGUGCACAACCUUCACUUGAAGGUACAGGAUGGAAUAAAGAGAAGCAUGAACAAGCACGGAUAGCAGCUUCAAACUUUUGGUUUUACAAUAAUCUAUCUUUCAAUGCAGCAAACAAUGUGUAUUGGGAAGGUUUUGUUAAUGCAGUAACAGUUGCGGGUAAGGGGUUUAAGGCCCCAACAGGUCAUGACUUCAGUGGGCCAUUGCUAGGGAAAGCUGUGAAAAAUACACAAGGUGUGGUUGAUGAUCAGAAAAGGUAUUGGAAGAGAAAAGGAUGCAGCAUUUCAUCCGAUGGAUGGACAAAUGGACGGAAUAGGACUCUUCUCAACUUCUUGGUGGCUUCAAAUGGUGCAAUGGUAUUCAUAAAGUCUGUUGAUGCCUCAAAUGAAAUAAAAAAUGCAGAGACUUUGUGUAAUAUGUUGGAUGGUGUGGUUCAGGAAGUUGGAGUUGAGAAUGUUGUCCAAAUUAUCGCGGACAACGCAGCUGCAUAUGUAUCUGCAAGUAGAAUGCUUAUGGAGAGGCAUCCUUCGAUUACAUGGAGUCCUUGUGCUGCACAUUGCUUGGACUUGGUGCUAGAGGACAUUGGGAAGAUUUGAUGGGUGAAGAAGGUGGUUGAAGAUGCAAGAAGUGUCACCAAAUUCAUCUACAACCAUACUUGGGUGCUUGCUUUGAUGAGAAAACACACAAAUGGCAAGGACCUUGUGCAACCUGGAGUGACACGAUUUGCUAGCCACUUCAUCACUUUGCAGAGCAUUCUUAGUGCCAUUCCUCAUCUUAAGCAGAUGUUUGUGUCAAAUGCUUGGUUGGGGUCUGCAUACUCCAAAAGACUUGAAGCAGAGAAGAUUGUGAGCAUUGUUUUUGAUGAAGGGUUCAAUAAAAGUGGAGAGGAGUUGACUGCGGUAAGUAACAAACACAAAAGUAAAGUUUAUACAAUCUUGUCUAUUUGCUGAUUUUAUUUUUAGGGGUUGAUUUUGUACUAAUUUAAAAUUUGUUUUCAUUUUUUUAGGUGACAGAACCUUUGGUAAGGGUUCUUCGUAUGGUGGAUAGAGAGGGCAUGCCAAUGGGUUUCAUUUAUGAGGCCAUGGAUAGGGCCAAAGAGGCCAUUUCACAUUACUGUCAUGGAAAUACAAGAAAAUGUGAAAUCCUUUGGCGCAUCAUUGAUCGUAGGUGGACAAACCAACUCCACCAACCGAUACAUGCCUUCGCCUACUUUUUGAACCCGAAAUUCUACUUCUCUGAUUCAUUUAGGGCUGAUGAGGAGGUCAUGGUAGGUGUAAAUAGCAUGAAGAAUCUAAUCUCUUUAGAAACUAUUGAGAGAUUGAAGUUGUCAACCAUGCCUCAUAUGCAUCCCUACAAAUUGGGAUGGUUCAACACAUACAACACCCAAGUUGUAUACUUUAUUCUCUAGUGUCACUUUUUCAUAUGUUAUAUAUCCUUUUGAGGAGGAUAUAGUUUGUGAUGUGGUGCCAAUGGAGGUUUGUAAUGCACUGCUUGGACAUCACCACAUGCAUAAUCACAAGUCUAUGUACAAUGUCAAUCCUUUCAGCGUAGUUGUAUUAGUGGGUAGAAAGAGAUGCUAGACUCCUAAAGUGAAUUCAUGCUCAACACAUGGUGCACCAGCUCCAAAGAAUAUUGUGGCAUAUAGCUAUGCAUACUUAGCAUUCCACACCUCACUUCCAACCAAAGAUUGACCUAUUGCAACAAAGACAAAUCAAAUUCCAGAAACCAUGUUUAUACAAAACUAUUAUAUGCCUUUAUACAAAGUGGUCAAAAAGGGUUAGCUCCAACAACAAGACAAAUGGUUUCUACCACGGAUUCAUCAAGAUCUAUUAUACCUCCCAGCUAAAUUGCAAGGUCCUAUUCACACUAAUUCUUAUUACAUCAUUAUGAGCAUCACUUUGCCAAUGUAGUCAUCAUGGCAAUCUAGGUUGCAGUCUUGAGGCUUGGGCUUCGCUAAGUCAUCCACUAGCUCAUCAAGCAUGCAAAUGGUUACACUCCACAAUCGUCAAGAGAUGAGUUGAACAUAGGAACAUUUCCACUCUCAUAGGGAUGAUUCAACUUCCUAGAAACUCUUGGCAUCCACAAUAUGAGAUCUCUAUAGUCUAUUUGUACAUAUCUAUAAUAUAGCUUAUCAUUCAUUCAAACAAUCAAAAAUAGACAAAUAGGCAGAUUAGAAGAUAGCAGUCAUACACCUUUCUCCAAGGAAUGUAUAGAAUAGGGAAUCAAAUAAUUGUGUUGAUUUCGUAUCUCUAUUUUGUGCACAAUUUUAUCUCACGUAGCAUUUGCAUAUGCCUACAACUUCAUCUAGAUCCUCAUCUAGAGAGUUGUUCAAGGGAAUGCUAUGUAUAGAAUAGGGAAUCAAAUAAUUGUGUCGAUUUUGUAUCUCUCUAUUUCGAGCACUAUUUUAUCUCACAUAGCUUUUGCAUAUGCCUACAACUUCAUCUAGAUCCUCAUCUAGAGAGUUGUUCAUUGGCAUUCAACUUGGGCCUAUAUUAUUAUGGUUGUUUACAUAGUACAUUUUUAGCAAAUACCAACAAUCAUGUGCUAACAAAAAAUUUUCUUGCUUACUUAUUGUUUAGUCAAUAGAUCUUGAAAGAUAUUGGAGCACUUAUUUUACAAUAAUCUUUCUUAAUUCUUUGUCUCUCCCAAGUUUCUUUUUUAUAGGUUUAAUACCCCUUGUAGAGUGACCUUUGGCCUAGAUGCCAUGACAUAGGGGCAUUUAUCACUACUGUCAAACUCAGAGAGGGCUUUCAAAGAAAGCAAGGUAUGCGAAAACGCUUCCUACAUCAAUCUAAUGAGGAAAGAAUUGUGCAAAUUUUACUCUUUACAACUACAAAAAGUAGAAACACGUAUGAACAUAAAAUAAGCAAUAUACCAUAACACAAGGUGUAUGUGGGGAAAACCCUUAUGGGAGAAAAAGCACACUCCAAAGCAGCCCUAUGUAUUAUUCGGUAAAUCAAAUGCUUUAAGUUUAUAAUAUUCUUGUAGAGCAAACCUUCGCAUGGAGUAUCACCAACAUACAAAUAUAUGCUGAAUUUGGCAACAUAACGAUGCCUCCAAAUAAACUAUACAAACAACAACUCCAAGCACCAAAUGAAUAGGCAAGAGUUCAAACUAGAAACCAGGAAUAGUUUAGUAAAACCGUUAGCAAUACAAUUGGAGGUAUGGUGCCCAAACCAAGACACUGAAUUGCACACUCUCCUUGGUAAAAGAUCCUCUGGCUAUUUUUAUGAUGUUCUUGUCAUAAAUUGUCAUAUUUGACCACCCAAACUUAAGCGCUCAUUCAACCUAUUCAAAGAUGCUCGAUGACAAGUUUAUUAACCUUCAAUAAUGUUGGUCAAGAUUCUAUUAUGACCUCCCUCGUACAUGUUCUUACACCUUAUAUAAUUUGUCCUACGCAACUCCCUUCAUGAUGGCCUUACACACACUGCAAGAUGCCAACACAUGGCCAAACCACGCCACCUCAAAGUGGGACACCUACUUCCUCAUCUAUGGCCAAAAAACUGCUAAAGGUGAAAUCCAGUCAUCAUUGAAAUGGGAUGCCAACUCUCGCACAAGAAGACAAAAUCACUAGAACAUAAAAUAUCAAGUGCGUACAAAAUGUAUUAAAAUGAACAUUAGGAAUGCAAGGUCAAGACACUUUUUCCCAAUAGGCUUUUACUUGGCCUUGUCAUUGAGGAUUGUCAAACCAAGAAUUAGAUGUGCUAGUUUACCCAAUUCAACUUUUCAACAUUUUUAACCAUGUAACAUGUCUCCUAGGGAUUUGAAAACAGGUGUCUCCAUUAUGAAAGCUCCCAUGAUCUAUGCACUUGAGCUCAUCUCUUUUGGAUUUUUCCAAAUUGUUCUCAUAUUGCUUUAAUUUCUUCUUUUUGGAGGUUCGUUUUUGCUGUGACUCAUUAUAAGAUCUAUCAAUUAUAACCUGCUAUUACAUAUGAUAGAUUGUGGCUGCCAUGGCAUAUAUAAUUUAUUUAUUUCAGGUCAGUUUAUCUUGUAAAGAGCUGCUCUUAAAUCUACAUCUAAUUAGAUGAAUCGCAUGUGUUUCUUAUAGUUCCAAUGCUAGACUAUACAAUCACAUUUAAGAAACCUUUAAUCUGCACCACUAUCCUUAAAACUUUAAUGUUGUGGAGUUAUUUCUAUAUUAUUAUGAAAGAUCCUUUCUACUCUUGCUAACUCAAAACAAUUUUGUAGAUGAGUUUAAGGUUGGGAAUGUAUUCAUAUGACCAUUUUCUAACUGAU